CGUGUACACGGAGUGAACUGUUCGAACUCUGUAUCUAAAUGUCAAUACAAACUGCUAACCUUAAAAAUUUAAGUGAAAGAAUUUUUUAAAAUAUGUUAACUCGAAAUUGUAUAAUAUUUUCGAGAUAUGUGUUAUUCCAGAGUAUAAAUAUAUGCGAAAAAAAAUAUAUUCAACAAAAAGUUAGACAUAUUAAUAUAUUCUAUAGAGUUGAAAAAAGAAUUGGUUGGCGAUCAGUGUCAUUGGCAAGCUUGUUAAAUAAUGAGAAAAAAGAGGAUUUGCAUAAAAUACAGAAAGAUAACAUCGAAAAUGAACAUAGUAAAGUUGAAAACAAAGACAGCAAAACUAGAAUCAAUAAAGACAAACCAAUUCUCGAAGUUAUAUCACCUGAUCUAAAAAUAUCAAAAAAAGAAAAAUCCGCAAUUUUAGAAAAUGUCAAAGAAAAGAGCUUGCAUGAGAAUGAAACCGAUAAGAACCGUCCCAAAUUAUCCAGUGAUUCAAUCAAAAAGUUAAAAGAAAAAAUCAUUGGAAAAGGAGAGAAAGAUUCUGAUAAAACAAAACCUCUAGUGAAAAAAAGGAAGAGAGUGGAUUUAUCAUGUCAGUCAUUAGAAAGAAAUUUUAUUACACCAGUAAAGGCUAUGUCAGAUUUUUUGCUGAAGCCAUCAGAUCUAGAAUGCCUUCCUAAAACAAAAAGGAGAUCUCCCUACGAAUCUGAACCUCCCAUUACUGUAUAUUGGAGGAGAGAUGUUGAAGCCAAAGCUCUGGAGGUAUGGGGUACUCACGAAAAUUUACAAAAAGAAUUAUUGAAACGAGAUAUUGAAAAAAAGAAAUACCAACAAAAUAUAUUUACUGUUAAAAGAAGAUUAAGAGAUUUUAGACGAGAAAUGGGUAGAUCUACAGAUGUUAUUGAAGAAGAGUCUGGAUUGAUGGGUAGAUCAGGAAAAGUUGUACUUACAGCAGUAGUCAUAAAUGGAACAAACUUUUUAUUUAAAUUAUUUGCUUGGAUUUUCACUGGAUCGCACAGUAUGUUUUCAGAAUGUAUUCAUUCUUUGGCAGACACAAUUAAUCAGCUGAUUUUGGCUUAUGGUAUUCAUAAAUCAGUCCAGAUUGCAGAUUCUUAUCAUCCGUAUGGGUAUUCCAAUAUGAAGUAUGUGUCGUCGCUUAUUUCAGGCGUUGGAAUAUUUUGUGUAGGAACUGGUUUGUCAUUUUACCAUGGAAUAUCGGGUCUGUUACAUCCAACACCGAUCGAUGAUUUUUUUUGGGCAUAUUUUAUUUUGGCCGGCUCACUUGUCUCCGAAGGUGCUACCUGGUUGGUUGCAUUUAACUCUAUAAGAAGAGGUGCUAGGGAAGUAAAUAUGUCAGUAAAAGAUUACAUUUUCAGAGGACAAGAUCCUAGUGUUAACGUUGUCCUUCUGGAAGAUUUUGCAGCUGUGAUAGGAGUUAUUGUAGCGGCCGGAUGUAUGGGCGUUUCUUCUCUUACUAAUAGUCCGAUUCCGGAUGCUAUGGGAUCUAUACUAGUAGGAUGUAUUUUAGGAUCAGUCGCUUCUUUUAUCAUUUAUACAAAUGUUGCUGCUCUUGUAGGAAGAUCAAUUCCAGAAGAAAAUUUAGAAAAGAUUAAUCAAGAAUUAGAAAAAGACAUAAUGAUUAGAGCGAUUCAUGACGUAAAAGGAAUAGAUAUGGGAAGCUAUUUGGUAAGAUACAAAGCUGAAUUAGAUUUCGAUGGAAGAGAACUUACGAGAGCGUACUUGGAUAAAAUGGAAUUAAAUGAUAUUUUAGAGGAAAUUAAAGCAAUUGACAAUAUUGAUAAAUUAGAAGAGUUUAUGCUUAAGCAUGGAGAAAAUUUAGUUGAUAUGAUGGGUGGCGAAAUUGAUCGAAUCGAAAUGAAAUUAAGAAAAAAAUACCCAGAAAUUCGACAUUGUGAUUUAGAAAUAUUAUAAAUGCAGAAGAUAAAUUGGUGUUAAGUGUAAAUAAAUAUUAAUUUAUAUUUUUAUUUUGCUAAAAUAUUGUGAAAUUACAUUUAAGAAUAUGC